AUGGUCUACUUUAUUUAAAACAAUGGAGGAGUUUUAAAUUAUUUCUUCAUCAAGAAGAUUGUGUCAACUCAAGUAGUCGUGAGAGUAACAUCCAUUCACAUUGUAUUGAGAAGCACAAGUAGAUACUUGUUGAGCACCAGAUUAGUCAUCUUUCUCAAUUCGAAGAAAACAAAAGCUCAGAGCUCCCCAGUUUGAAUGUUGCUGCCAGAUUGAAUGUUCAAGUUUCAAGCUUCUAAGCUCAAGGACUUCGGCUCGCUGGCAGAAGAGUCAGGGGCGUAUCCCUUCUUGGCCGCCAAGAAGGAAGAAGAGGAGCGAGCGAGCGAGGGCCUCAUUGAUCGCUUCAGCUCGACGCCGGUGACACAUGUUCCGACGCCUCCUAACGCCGAGACCCCGCCGCAGCGCGGCCACCGGCCUCCUCGCUCUCACCGCCUUCUACGGCGGCGCGGCCCUUGCCUGCUCCUCUUCCUCCUCGGAUGGUCACUCCCAUCCCACCAGUAUCCCUACUUACUGUUCUCCUCUCCCUUGCUUCUCUCGCUCUUUUCAACGAUCUUGUGGCUUCUCAGUUUCGCCUUUCUCCCCGUCGACAGAUGUAGCCGUUUCGAUCUCCGCUCCAUUGCGGCAGUUCCUGUCAUCGACUUCGGAGCUGUUCUUGCGAGACUUCACUCUUCCAUCUCUCUUCUCUAGCCCUGCCGGAGGCUUUUUUACACGGUAUUCUUCCACGAGCCCUCUGCCGGAUUCGAAUUCGUAUAGGGAACCGCUCGGGAAGAACCGGGAUGAUGCGCCGUGCUGCCCGGGAUGUUUGGGAAGGAACUCUAUCGCUGAGGCGGCUGCGGCAGCUGGUCCUGCUGUGGUGAACAUUUCUGUCGUCCAAGGUCUGUAUGGUCCAAUGUUUGGGAAGAGUAUCGGCUCCGGGACCAUCAUUGAUCCUGAUGGGACGAUUUUGACUUGUGCACAUUGUGUGGCAGACUUCCAUAGCAUGAGAAGGGUUUCCAAAGGAAAGGUUGGUGUGACUUUACAAGAUGGCCGUGAAUUUGAGGGCAUUGUGGUUAAUGCUGAUUUCCUUUCAGACAUUGCUGUAGUGAAGAUACAAUCUAAAACUCCACUUCCAGCAGCAAAACUUGGAUCAUCAUCUAAGCUUCGUCCAGGUGACUGGGUUAUUGCCUUGGGCUGCCCACUUUCUCUGCAAAAUACCAUCACAUCUGGCAUUGUAAGCUGUGUUGAUCGGAAAAGCAGUGACCUUGGUCUUGGUGGAGUUAGAAGGGAGUAUCUGCAAACAGAUUGUGCAAUUAAUGAGGGAAAUUCUGGGGGACCCCUUGUGAACCUUGAUGGCGAGGUUGUAGGUGUUAACAUCAUGAAAGUUGCCGCAGCUGAUGGAUUGAGUUUUGCUGUGCCUAUUGACUCGGUCAUUAAAAUAGUUGAGCAAUUCAGAAAGAACGGAAGAGUAGUCCGACCAUGGCUUGGACUGAAGAUGCUCGAUCUUAAUGAAAUGAAAAUUGCACAAUUUAAGGAGAAAGAUGCUUCAUUUCCAGAUGUAGUGAAAGGUGUACUAGUGCCUGUGGUAACUCCAGGAUCCCCUGCUGACCGUGCAGGAUUUCGACCAGGUGAUGUAGUCGUUGAGUUUGAUGGUAAACCAGUUGGAGGCAUUAAAGAGAUCAUCGACAUCAUGGAGGAUCAGGUUGGGAAGCCUCUGAAAGUGCUAGUGAAACGAGCAAACAACAAGUCAGUCAUGUUGACCGCAGUGCCCGAGGAAGCUGACAUCGACAGGUGACAUGUUCCUUGAAUACACCCUCGUACAGGCACAUGUCAUAUGAUAUAGAACAUGCAUGCUUAGCCACAUAUGUUGGUUUUUUGGAUUUAGCAUUGAGCUUUGAAGCUAAGAAUGACAGAUUGUUGUUAAUAAGAUGAAAUAAGAUGCUUUUUGAA